GUUUGAUUUUUGUGGAUAACUAGCUAGGUCGAAUGAAUCAUUUUGGGUUUUCUCAUCCUCCUAAAAAUUGUUGGUUUGUUUGAUCUUUUGCAUGAUUUGAUUACUGUUUAUGUGCGCGAUAGUUCAAUUCAGUAGGUUUUAGUGUCACUAGUUUUUGAUUGGAAAGGCUAAAUGAAGCUAGGAAUGGAAACACCCACCAAAGGAGUAAACUCAGCUCAACCUGAGAGAGGGCUCUCAGUUUUCACUCAGAAUGCUCGUCCAACUGGUCGAGACCCUGUUAAAAUGUUGAUAAAAGAAGAGAUUGAUAAGGCUCAUUCAUAUGUCUUGAGUAAAUGCGUUGAAGCCCGGCCGUACUUCGUCAAAUACGAGGAAGAGCUGCAUGUUGGAAUUGGUGAUAAUGUAUCUAGAAGGAAACAACAAAACUUUGCGCAAUGGUUUAAACAACAUAUUGUGGCUUUGCGGUUUCAAGAUUCAGAGGAAGCCACAAAUGAAUUGUCCUCGUUGGCUUGUGGACCUCAGUCUAUGAAGUCAUACCCGUGCUGUGUUGUUGAUGGAGUUUGUUUUUGGGUCAGGCGGGACAAGCGACUUACCGCCCCAAAUCCUGGAUUGCAUAUACUUAAGAAAAACGAAGAUAAAGUGAUCGAGUUGUUUGGUUUGGUGACCAAUGUAAUUGAAUUGGUCUAUAAACUUGGACAGCGGGUUGUAUUAUUUAGCUGUGAAUGGUUCAACACAAAUCCUGAUGAAAAUCUUAUUGAAAAGGAGGAUAAUUUAGUAAACAUAUGUGUGAGCUCUAAGUGGUAUUCUGAUGAUCCUUUUGUUCUAGCGAAUGAAGCAAAGCAAGUGUUUUAUGUAGAUGAUCAAAAGCGGAGACCAAGUUGGAGACUGGUUCAGGGAGUGCGAGAUACACUUCUACUGAACUGCAAACCCACUAAUGAUAGCAAGAACGAAUCUAACAAGAACUCUGCAGCACUAGCACAAAGUACAGGAAAUGGCGAACACGAGAGAUUAAGUCCUGCGCCUCAGCAUAGUGCAUCUAUUUCAUGUACAACAUCACAGAGAGAUACGAGGAAGGAGCAGCAGAAUGAAUUGGUUGAGACUCUCGAAACACAGCUUGAAAAGGAACGUGCAUUGGCAUCAAGUCAGAAGGCUGAACUCGAGAGUCGACGUGCAUUAGCCCAGGUUCAGAAGGCUGAGCUCGAGAGUCAACGUGAAUUAACCCUUCGCCAAAAGGUUGAACUCGAGAGCCAGCGUGCACUGACCUUUAGUCAGAAGGCUGAACUGGAGAAUCAGAGAGCAUCGAGCCAGAGUCAACAAAGGGAGCUCGAGAGUCAACGUUUGUUAACCAAGUGCCAACAGGCUGAACUGGAGAGCACACGGAGAGUUGUUCAGGGCCAAAAUCAGCUCUAUCAGGGUCAGAAGCAACUUCUUAAAGAUCAACGAGAACGCUUGAAAUAUUUGGAGGACUUUCUGACUUGAGUUUUCAGAAUGUUCUCAAAACUGUAUGUCUGUGCAAAAUGGGCUAGUAAAAAUGUUGCUAGUGCUUGGAAGCACAGUAUAUAACAAGUGAACAAGUAUUGUAGUGUCUGACAUUGAUAAUAUUAUUACCAUCGAGUAGAAAGACAUUUGAGGUCGACGUGCUAAUUUCAGGUAUGGACUGUUGUUUUUUUGUGUA